AUUUAACGCCGAGAAAAACCCAACGAUGGGGGCGGGAAGAAUGAGUCGAAUUGGAUGCGAUCGGGUGGCAUAGCUCAGCCUCUCAGGAGUGGUCGCUCUGUACAAUUUACUUUUACUCAUAUUCAACAUAUUUUUUUAUCUGCAACCUGAAUGUGUUCUAUGUCAUAUAUUGGUAAUUGUUACUAUACGAUCAGUCAAUAUAGACAAUGAUAGGACUUCCAUGUAAGAAAUUAUAGAUUAGACAGUUACAACUUGAGAAAUCUACAAUAUUAGGUCCAUUAUUAGAGCAGUACUAAUAACAAAGUAGUCCAUAACUCUACUGAUCUGCAGUAUCUUCAGUGGAUAGCUUUCUAAGAAUAGAUUCACGUUCUUGACGUUAGUUUUUGCUUCAGCUUCGUUAGACAUGAAUGUUCCAACGUUUCGGACAACAGUUUUGAUUUCGGUGUUGUGUGACAGUUUUUCGAGUCCCAGAUAUUCUAGAACGGUAGGACUAUUAACGUCACAUGCGAGUUCGUGCUUUCAUAUGUACAUUAAAUCCUUCUUGUUUAUCAUUAAUGUCCUCAAGUAUGUAAAGACUUAUUUCUUUUCCGAAGCUUCGCAUCAAACGUGAAUUUAUUAUUGUCCGUUUUAUCGUAUUUCGAGUUCUUCCAUUUUCCCUGCAACUGUAGAGGCUUAGUGCUAUGGAAGCUGUUGCUUCACUGUGAGUCUUUACCUGCAUUUAUUCCUGCAUAUGGGACAGAACGGCUGGGUCACUGGCGAAGUCCAGACUUUCCAGACAUGUCCCAAAUGUUUAUCUAUCUUGUAGUUCUGAGGUAUGAAGGUCUUCAAUGUCCAGAACACAAGGAGAAGAAUGGGAGAAUAUGAGAGUAUGAAGUCUUAUACGUUAACAGUCUUCACCUGGAACACUUUUUGAGUCUCGUAUAACAGUGUCGACUGCCUCGAAUGCCCCAUAGCGUCGAAGAGACCCCAUAAGGUCCUCCUGUCAUAGCUCUCGGGUGCAUUUCUAUAAUUAAUGAAUUUAUGCAAAAACAUGGGUUCCAUUCAAGCGAUUGUUCAGCAAUGAUCCUCACAAAGUCUACCUUACGCUACUGUAUGCUACCCUAGUAUACAAAGUAUAUUCUGGUUAGACGCGAACCUCCACAAGGUUGAAAUAUGAUACUGGCUUUGGUUCUCAAUUGUUUAUUACCUCUGUCGUUCGGUUUCGUAACCAGACACUUUCCGUGGUCAACCAUCAAGAAUCCGGAGUUCACAUAUGAAACAAGAUACUUUUGGACCAGGAUUGAUCACUUUUCUUUCGUAAAUGAUGACAAGUUCUUUAUCAAGUAUCUAAUUAACAACGAAUCGUUCACUCCGGGUGGCCCGAUAUUUUUUUACACAGGAAAUGAAGGUGCCAUAGAAACAUUUGCAGAGAACUCAGGGUUUAUCUGGAAGCUUUCUCAAGAACUUAAUGCUUCUGUUGUUUUUGCCGAACAUCGGUAUUACGGAACCUCUCUCCCAUUCGGGAAUAAUUCUUUCAAAGACCGUCAGCACUUUGGUUACCUAACUGCAGAACAAGCGUUGGCUGAUUAUGUACUUCUAAUUAAUCAACUAAAAGCUAAUUAUUCGUGCUUUGCUUCAUCACCUGUAAUCGCUUUCGGAGGAUCCUAUGGCGGCAUGCUCUCGGCUUGGAUCAGACAAAAGUACCCUAAUCAAAUUGCCGGUGCUGUAGCUUCUUCUGCACCAGUAUGGCUGUUUCCCGGAUUAUCUGACUGCAAUGGUUUCAGUAUGACAGCAACAAAUAGCUUUUUGAAAUAUGGUGGCGAGAACUGUGUGAAGAAUAUACAACUUUCUUGGAGUAAUAUUGUAGACAUAGGUCAAAGUAUUGAUGGGAAAGAAUUAUUAACCCACAUGUUUAACGUCUGUACGCCUUUAACUGAUGUUCAAAAUAUCAUAGACUACUUAUCCGAUUUUUUGGGAACAAUAUCUAUGGUCAAUUAUCCUUACCCAGCCAACUUUCUGCUUGCUUUACCUGAAUGGCCAGUCAAGUAUUUGUGUACCAAUUUAUCUGCAUACGACCCUCAACAACCUGUGGUAACCAGAAUAUCUUUAUUAGCCAAGGCUAUACUAUCACUGACAAAUUAUACUGGGAAUCAAACGUGUUUAGACAUUUCAACGAGUUCGCCAAAUCUGGACACUACUGGAUGGGAUCUACAAACUUGCAUGGAGAUGACAACACCUAUGUGUGCAUCAGGGCCGGUAAACAUCAUGCCUCCAUUAAAUUGGGAUCUUAAGUCUUUCUCAAUCUCUUGUCAAAAUCGAUUUGGUGUAAGUCCACGCGUUGAAUGGCCAAAAGUUGAAUUUUGGAGUAAAUCAGUACAUACUAUUACCAACAUAAUUUUCAGCAAUGGUGAAAUUGAUCCAUGGUCAGCAUUAUCAAUUACAAAUAAUAGUUAUGUCCCAUUUGCUACAGUCAUUAAUAUCUCUGAUGCUGCUCAUCAUUUAGAUUUGAGAACUCCUAACCCGGCUGAUCCUCAAAGUGUGAUUAAAGCAAGAGAAAUUGAAAAAAAGAAAAUAAUCCAAUGGAUAAAAGAAUGGAAACUUGAAUACAAAUUAUUGAAAUUUUUCAAUAGCAUCAGAUCAUUCAUCUCUUUACUAGAUUACCUUGGCUAAUGUUUAAAGAGAUAUUUUGUAUUUUUUUGUUGUUGCAAUUUUCAUGAUAAUAAUCCUAAUUUAAACUGACAUUAUAAUUUAUAAUCAGAUUUUUUACAUCUUGAAAAGUAGUUUUUCAUGAUUGAUAUAAUUUACUC